GCUCACAUGCGUAGCACUGCCGGCCGGGAAAGAUCUUGCCGCUUUUUUACUGUUACAUUGCAGAGCCAAUUUUGUUUAUGUUUUUAUCUCCAUUCUCUUUUACGAGACGUCUUGUAUGAAAUUAAUAAUGACUGCUAAAUCGACGAAGCCAUUGGUAUUCCAAGUGUUGGCAGAAUGCUCCACAAGCAAAGCCAGAACGAGUCUUUUAACUUUGCCGCAUCAUACAGUUGAGACUCCAGUGUUCAUGCCAGUCGGGACUCAGGGAACAAUGAAAGGCAUUCUCCCCCAGCAGCUGGAAAAUCUCAAUUGCCAGAUCAUACUUGGGAACACAUAUCAUCUCGGAACGCGACCGGGCCCUGAGUUGAUGGCCAAGGUUGGAGGGCUGCACAAGUUUAUGAACUGGAACAGAGCCUUGCUGACUGAUUCCGGCGGCUUCCAAAUGGUCUCCUUACUGAAACUUGCAGAAAUAACUGAAGAAGGCGUCAAUUUUUCAUCGCCUUUUGAUGGCACACCUUGCAUGCUGACGCCAGAACGCUCCAUCGAAAUCCAAAAUGCAAUCGGAGCUGACAUCAUCAUGCAACUGGAUGAUGUGGUGAAAACAACUACAACUGGACCUAGAGUGGAAGAGGCAAUGCAAAGAACCACCCGCUGGCUUGACAGGUGUAUCGCUGCCCACAAAAGGCCAGACGAGCAGAAUAUUUUUCCAAUUGUCCAGGGAGGUUUGGACCCUGAAUUGCGACAGCAGUCAGCCAGGCUACAUACUGAAAGAGAAGUGAAUGGCUAUGCAGUUGGUGGUUUAAGUGGAGGUGAGAGCAAAGAUGAAUUCUGGCGCGCGGUGCAUUUGUCGACUAACAUUUUGCCAAAGGACAAGCCCCGCUACCUGAUGGGCGUGGGUUUUGCUCUGGACUUGGUUGUCUGCUGCGCCUUGGGCAUCGACAUGUUUGACUGCGUCUUCCCCACCCGAACGGCCCGCUUUGGAUGCGCACUUGUUCCUUCUGGCCAGCUGAAUUUAAAGCAAAAAGCGUACGCGUCGGAUUUUUCGCCAAUUGACGACGAGUGCGACUGCAGCACCUGCGCCAGAUACACGAGAGCUUUUCUCCACACUAUAGUUACAAUGGAGUCUUCUGCUUGCCAGUUGCUCACAAUCCACAAUUUAUCUUACCAGAUGCGUCUGAUGAGAGGAAUCCGAGAAAGCAUCAAAGAAGACAAAUUCCCGACAUUCAUUCAAGAGUUUUUAAACAAAUUGUAUCCAGGAAAGGACUACCCCAAGUGGGUUAUUGACGCUCUGAGUGCUGUUAACAUAAAUUUGAAUGAAAGCCAGUGAAGUGCGGACUUCAAA